AUGUUUGGCGGGAUGUUCUCAGCGAUUACAGCACCUGUAGUCACUGGAGCACGGCCCUCCUCAGGGUCGAAACCAACAACAGCAACAGCGAAGGCACUGCCAGGUGCCGGUCAGCCGUUUCAUCGUCAGCCAACGUUUGGAGAGUGCAGCGCUUACGCCACUCAAAUGCCUGAGAAGGUACUUUUUAACAAGUUUUGUACUUCUAGUAGGGGAACAAGUCUCACUCGAUUUUUGAUAGUGCUUGCUAGUAGGGGAACAAGUUGAUUGUACUUCUAGUAGGGGAACAAGUUUCACUUAGUGUACUUGCUACUCCUUGGAGGUGAUGUAUUCCUUGCUGUAAUAUAGUUCCAUGAUGUAAAAAAGUCCUUAAUGUAUUCCUUUUAUUAGGCUAGCAUUACUAAAUGGGACAUGAUGAUGACGAACAUUACUAAAUGGGAAAUGAUGAUGAUGAUGAUGACCUUUCACCAGGGCUCCAAGGCCUACCGCAUUUUGUUUGAGGAAGAAGUUUCGGAGGGCGACACCGACGCAGAGGACCUUGGAUAUUUUACUGCCGCUGCACGACCUGGUGAGGUGGAGGAGCCAUCUUCUGACUCGGGCUCUUCGGUUAAGGCUACUCAGUGUGGAAGGAUCUACCGUAGCAACUAGGCUCUUUUUGUACAGUUGAAAUCAGAGUGCCAGGUCUGUUGUAGAUUAGGUAGAUCUCUACCUGAAAAAUAGAGCCAGCUUGAACUGAGGGAAGCGAUGAUCGCGGAAGCUCUAACUCGGAUGAAGACGAAGCACCAGGAGGUUUGGGUGAGGCCGCUAAUGCAGAUGCGAUGUCUGCUUCUAGCGGUGUUGCGAGUGGAAGUCCCACUGCAAGUCCGACCUCUCCGGACGGAUCUCCGAGGACACAGUUAUGGUGACCAUAUAACGCUACUAAUCUAUCGUUUCUGCUACGUCGAUGUGGGUCGUCCCUCGUGAAGCACCAUGUCACAAAGUCAGUGACACUGUCUUCAGAUGAACUCGGGGUCUCCACAUCAAUUAUAAUUACAUAUUUAUAAAUCAACAUCGGGGACGAGGACAGAAGUACGCAUGCGGAAAGAAGUAUGCUGUAGGUAGCACAGGGACGAUGGAUCACUGGGAGUACUAGUAGAGCUCCUCUAAGACAUGCAUCUGCCUCGCCUGCAGGAGGACCCUCUAGUAACGCGGCCGCGGUUGUGCGGCCCCUCCGUCCGGUUGUGCGGGCGGCGCCGACACGUGCCGUAGUGCGGAGUCGACGCAAGCAGCAGAUCAAGGCACCAAUUGCCUCGCUUCCAAAGCUGAAUUAGGACACUUUCUACUCUGCUAGUUAGAAAAAGAGUACUCAUAGUUAAGAUUGUGUCAUGUACUCAUAGUUAAGUUAGAAAUAGAGGGUAUGCGUAAUAGAAAUAGAGUCUCAGCAACCCUGAUGCUAGCAUUGAAAAGCUCCUCUGUAAUAUGAUGUGCAUGAUGAUGCGGAUGCUACCAGCGUGUUUCAAUCUCUUUACCUAACCUAUCAACUACAUCUGAACAGUAUCGAUCAUCGUGCUUACGACCGUAAUUCUAUCUACGUUAAUAAGAUCAACAUCUGAACAGUAUCGAUCAUCGUACUUACGACCGUGAUUCUAUCUACGUUAAUAAGGAAUCUUCUUCUACCUUCUAAUUCGAGAUUCAGCUUCCGUCGAAAGAGCGGGAGGCUGUAUUUCGGGAAUAUAAUGUGGGUGCCAACGUGGAUUCGCGUCCACGAAUGGCCCUUUUCAAUUAUGGUCUCUAUUUAAAAUGUCCACCAUCUAUCCCGGCAUCUUGAUAUCCACCUUUUACCCUGUAAUACUUAUUCUAUAAUGAAAGUAGACGAGGGCAUGAUAGGGGUCAAGCUCAAGAAGAUGAGGGGACCGAGAUGGAUAAAACUCACGCCAUUCGUCCUCCAAAGUCUGUCAGGAACUGUUUCACCCUGUCGAUGUUGGUUAAUUUGAGGACCAUUUGUGAAAAAAAUAAAUGAUGAUACUCUAAUUCAAGACGUACCUGUACGUAGUCGACGAAGUGCACAUAUUCGUCUUCAGCACGAAAACGGGCCAGCAACUUGUAAAAUGGCGCCAUAACAUCUUGGAUGCUGACCUGGAGUUAGGGCUCACAUUUUUUUGUGGGGCGUUAGAUUCUUUUACCUCUUACGAUGACUGUAUAGCGCAGGCUUUAGGAUUAGGAAUCAAUAAGGUCUUCUUUUAUAAGCAGAUACGUCUUGUUCCUCUUCAAGACGUGUUGUACUUAUCCAUUUUACAUCUCAUCGUACAUCAUCUGCAACACCUAUUCAUAUUUGAGAAGUUGCAUCUAAUCCACGCAGGUAGCAACGCACAGGAACAGAACCCCGAUGACGAUAAUGGGUUACUCCCCAACAUCGUUACGGUGCAGAUCUUCAACGUUGGUCUCAAAGCACGACUGGCGCUUUUGAUUGCGACUAAUCACGUAGUGAAAUUGUAUUGGGUGCCAGGACCUUGAUGUGCCUGCCUAUAGGCCUGUAGUACUAUAUGGGACACGGUGAUGAUGAUUGAUCCGUUCACUAGAAUGAUCUUGUACUUAUAAGGGUUUCCGAGAGUAGCAUCAUGCAGAAUGUUAAUUCUUGACAUAUUUUCUAGUCGGAAAAAGGAUAAGGAUGACUCACUAGAAGACGGCUGUGGAUGACAGUACUACCUUUUUUUUUUGCUUUUUGAGUGAGUUCUUUUAGUUUCAUGAGUUUCGCCAGUUAGUUGCUGCAUUAUAAAGAUGUUUCUAUUCUGCGGACGCAAUAUCGAUGUGUCGAUUUUUGGUAUUCUUCACUGCUCAACACGUUUACUGUACAACUGAUCGUACUUAAAUUUUGUUGAGUUUGUACAUAUUAACUAAAAGGUCUAAUAGCUUCCGUAAUCAAUCUAAAUCCUUGUUGACUCUGUGAUGCGCGGUUUUGCAUUGUCCCUGUUUUAGGUGCAACUUCAUUGGUUGCUUUUCCCACAGUCAUUUGAUAAAUUCUCUAAGGGCCCACCACAGCUUACAUCAAUGCGUUGCCUUCUGGACGGAUCGCUGGGUCGUAGCACGUUAACCAUUAGGCAGAAUAUUCCGCUUGGUUCGCCUGAGCAGAUGAUAUAGCACAAUGACCGGCUCAUAAGCGAUGGGCAUGGUCAUUCCAGGAAUCAUAAACAC